AUGGCAGACCGUUUUCCCACCUUUUUGCAGUACAAGGCUUUAACGCUUUGACUUUAUGCGUUAAGGCAAUAUUAUGCUCUCCAUCCCGUGACAGAGCAUGCAACGAAUAGCUUCCUUAUUCUUCCAGUCGUCCAAAUCCUUAAAGACGACAGUGUAUUCAUCCUCACGCCGGUAUCAUGACUUUCUUCGCUUCUCUACCCCAGGUGGCGCUGGUCGUGUACCACUUCAUUCACCCACCGUCAUAGGCGUGGCAUCCUCAAGAGGUACUCGCAGUCACCACGAAGACUAUUAUGCGUUUGCAUCAUUACUCUUAGAUCCUGAAGGGCUACGAGCAAGCUUGAAGAAAACCCUCGGCAUAGACUGGGCCCCAAAGAAUAUAAAUGACCCAUUAGCACGACAGGUAGUUUUUGUCGGCCUCUAUGACGGACAUGGUGGAUCCACAGUUUCCCAAUAUUUGCGCCAGGAGUUGCAUGGGUUAUUCGAAUCCGUCGACAAGAGUCACAUUCCUGAGUUGUAUCUGUGGAUAAAGGACCAAGGAGGUUAUUUCAAGAGGUUCCGCGGGGGCGCCCUUGCUCCCUGGAUACAUCAGUCAAAGUCAAAUGAUACACCUCCCUUGGAUCUCGAGGCACGUGCAACCCAGGCGUUCUUCGAAGUCGACCGGCUCCUCGCUAUUGAGAGUGAAGCCAAAACAUGUGGAGCAACAGCGUCUGUCGCGAUCCUCCACUCCCUUGAUACCCGCCCAUUCUUCUCCUCCACAAAACUUGUUUUGACAGUCGCUCAUGUUGGCGAUGCUCGAGUACUCCUUUGUCGUACCAACGACUGUCUAGUCCACCCGAUGACCGAGAAUCAUCACCCAGAUACCCUUAUGGAGGCCGCUCGUCUACGACGCAUGAUGGGUUCAUCACUUAUCACCGAUUCGUUCGGCGAGUCUCGCUGGAUGGGUGCUCUGGCGAAUACGAGAGCCCUUGGAGAUCUCAAGUGGAAGCGAUACGGCGUGACUCCAGAGCCAGAUGUUCGAACCAUGCUGCUGGAAGGCAAGAAGUGGGCAUACAUGAUCAUCGUCUCCGAUGGAGUGUCAUCCAUCCUAUCUGACCAAGAAAUCGUGGACGUUGCCCGAGGUGCACCUAGUCCAAAAAAAGCCGCCGACCAAAUUUUAUCAUGCUCUGAAGAGCUGGGUGGCGAGGACAAUGCAACGGUUGUAGUUGUGCCCUUGUCUGGUUGGGCGGAUAUUCAAGGACCCGACAGGACCCGCGCUCUUCGCGAGUAUCGAAGUCAACAAGCGAUUGGAAGUGAGCGUCAGAGGCGAAUGUGAUUUAGAGGACUCAUCAGUUAUACCCUCCAUUAGAGCAAAUAA